UAGUACGUCAUAUCCCUGCGCAAGUAGAUGAAAACGUGCGCCACGGAAGCAGCGUAAGCCAAAAACCGAUUUUGAUUAUUUAGAUAUAACUUCAGAUUUAAUUCAAAUCACGUAAACAUUUUAAGCCGACAUGGAUGAUGAAGAAGAAACAUACAGGCUCUGGAAGAUUCGCAAAACCAUCAUGCAGGUAGGUCAGGUUUGAAUGAUCUUAUGAUACUUAGCCUAGCAUGUAGCCUAGCUAAAACAGCAGUCAGAUCUACAGCUCUGUGGUAUUUCUCUGACGAUUUUAACAAAGAGGGGGUGAGUUAAAUUAGUUUUAACAAGUUAGUUGUUUGAAAUCGUUGAUAGUCGUCCACCCGUAUGGUGGACCGAUGUCACCGGUCUUGCUUCAUCUCAGUCUGGACUUUGACAUUUAAACCUUAAAUUAAUCUAAAUCAUUGACUUAACUUUCAGAACAAACGGGGAAUACCUCGCUUUUUUUGUUGCUGUUUUUAUGUUUGUUCACUUUCUGUUUUUGGUGUCACUAUGCGCCAUCAGCUUUGCCAUGACAGAGGCUACCUGGUGACCCAAGACGAGUUGGACCAGACACUGGAUGAAUUCAAGAGUCAGUUUGGAGACAAGCCCAGCGAGGGUCGCCCCAGACGCACAGACCUCACUGUGCUGGUGGCGCACAACGAUGAUCCCACAGACCAGAUGUUUGUUUUCUUUCCUGGUACGUCAAUAAUCCAAGCUAAAUAAAUCAGAAAGAGCCACCAAAUUAAGUUAGGGUCAAACACACCGUAUCACCGAGUUAGACACCCUGAAGGAUAUGAGACUGUUGAGGAUUAUUAUGAUCUAAGGUGGAUUUCAACGCAAUGGUUUGACAAAUAAGCACACGGGCAGGAGUUCCAAUCUAGAGUUUUAUUUAGCAUGCAUUCAGCUGGUUUCUCUAAAGAGGUUGAGAAAGGAAUAACAAAGUGAAUUUAAUUAAAUACAAACAGGAUCAAUAUCAUAAUUUCCAUUAAUAAUAUCAGAGCAAAGUAACUAGAAUGAGUCUAAUACAUGUAAUCUAAGAAACAUCUAUAAAAUGAUAUAUAAGUCAGGAUAAGAAGUCAAAAAUGAGGUGUAGAGCAAUUUAAACAAAUCAAACUCACGGGGUAAACACACAGUGAAUGCUACUGAAGGUGUUUCUCUGUCAGCCAGCUCUGUUGUCUCCUGAGUUCUGAGAAAGUGUUUGCAGCAGGUGAGCUUGCUGCCUUUAAUGACUCCUUGGCUCCUCCCAUGCAGGGAGCCUGGAGCCAGGUAGGAGAGCCAGAGAAGGAGGGGGGAUUUUCCACAUAUCCCCUUGAGAGAUGAAAGUUGCUGACUGCUUGCUUCUCUAGUUAUAACAACUUUAGUAACGACCGCACAAUAGCAAUACACAGCGGUCUGAGGAGCCAUAAACAAACCUCAACCAAAAAGCCACUCUAUAGCCACAAAUAAUGCUCCGAACAGCACCUAACUUCAUCAACACUACAUAUAGGGUCCCAGCCAUAGUACUAACCAUCAAACAUCUUUUUAACUUUGCCUGAUUUCUUUAGCAAGGAGACUAAACACAACUCACCCACUCUCCUCCUGCAGCCGCUUGUUUGUAGGGGAGCUCUGACAAGGUUAUCAUAGUGUGCAGCGGAGUUUCGCAGCUCAAGGAAGAACAUUUAUGAUUAUUUCUUUAUCAUUUCCCUGAAGUAAAAAUCACCACAUUAAUCAUCUUGCACUUCAGACGCGGCAGUUCUUUUGACUUAGUAUCUCGGUCUGAUUGCAUUUCCAUGAAGAAAUGAUCAUAAAUGUAUAUUGCUAUCCUGCGGUCGUUACUAAAGUUGGUAUAACUAGAGAAGCAAGCGGUCGGCAACACUCAUCUCUCGAGGGGGUGUCUAACUCUGUGUUACAGUGUGUCUGACCCUAAAUUAAUCUAACGUUGAAAUAUCUCUUGAAGAAAUCUUCUAAAUUCAUUGGACUCAUGAGUUCAGUGUCGACGCUCUUGCAGCAAGUUUCUAGCCUUGAAAUUUUAGCAAUGUUUUUGACUUAUUCAGAUUACUAUAUCAUCAUACCGUAUCAUUAUAUCAUCAUCACUCUUUUCUGUACCUAUCAGAGGAGCCUAAGGUGGGAAUCAAGACCAUUAAAAUGUACUGUCAGAGAAUGCAAGAGGAGAACAUCACACGAGCCAUCAUUGUUGUUCAGAUGGGCAUGACGCCAUCAGCAAAGCAGGUGACAACCCAUAAGAAAAGACUGCAUGCAAAUAAGAAAGCAUAUGAUAUAAUUUUUUUCUUCUGUAAAUGAUUUUCUUGAAUUAAACUUAGAUUCAUUGGUGCUAAAUUAUACUAUUACGAUUUUCUUUAAAAUCAAUGGAUAUUUCUCCCUGCAGUCUUUAGUUGACAUGGCACCCAAAUACAUACUGGAACAGUUUCUACAACAGGAGCUGCUCAUCAAUAUCACAGAGCAUGAGGUAUGCAACACUAAAAAAUCUUCUUUAUUUGACAGUGAUCUUUUGCACAAGGUCCCAGAUGUGGGGCUAUGUUCUGAUGCAAGUAUGCUUUGUCUUUCAGCUUGUUCCAGAGCACAUUGUUAUGACAAAAGAAGAAGUGACUGAGCUUCUAGCCCGAUAGUAUCCUUACACACAGUUAUUGUCAUCAUGUACAAAGACAGAGUUUAUUUGGAUGAAGACCGGCAUGACCUGUUUUCUGGUUGUUUACUUUACUCUCAUAAAAAUUUACAUGCUUGCUUCCAUGCAUGUUAUGCUUCCUCAACAUUUUUACCUCAGUAAACUGAAGGAAAGUCAGCUACCAAGAAUCCAGGCUGGAGACCCUGUGGCCCGCUACUUUGGCUUGAAAAGAGGACAGGUACUUUUUAAUCAUAAUAACUCAAGUCUUAUUGCCACAUUACUCUUUGAAGCUGUAUAUUCUAUUAUGAGUUGGGGCUUUAAACAAGAGGUGCAUCAAUAAAGGAGGCUGAGUACUCAAACAAGCACCAUGCAAAUAGUCAAGAGGAAGUGUGGUCAAAGCUGCACUAAAAUGCACCGCUAGAGUUGAACUUUGCAUCUGUGAUUGACAGGAGCCUCUAUGUGUACAACAAGCAAACACAUGUACCUGUGUCCUCUUUAUUGACCAGUCAGUGAGUCCGGCUAAUAAGAAAGCAUUUGUUUUCACUCUUUUCAGGUAGUAAAGAUCAUCAGGCCUAGUGAAACAGCUGGGAGGUACAUCACAUAUAGACUGGUGCAGUGACAGACAGGUGAGUGUGAAAUGGAUACGUACAUGAGUUUGUACAGGCACAGGUCUAGAUGGUCAGAAUGAUGUAAAUCAGUCUGUGAUAUAAAGUUUACUUGUACCUUUGCUUUUGAUGAAUUGCAGUUUUUCUUUGUAAAGCAGCAUUUAAAACCCCUGAUACAGUCCCUUUUUUUGGCAGUAACUCUGAUUAACAAGAGCUCUCACUUGGUUUGUGGCCAUCUUUAUCGAACAAUAUGUUUACCACACUUGAUAACUACAGUAUACUGAAAGAUGACAUGACAGUGAAAAGCUGGUUUUAAGUUUUUCUUCUAAAAAAAUAGAUAAUUAUAUUAACUUAAAUUUUUUUUUGUGUGUUCUUUUGCGUCAACAUUUAGGUGGAGCAGUGACUGAAGCAGAGGAUACCACAUUCAUUGAUUAUUAUUUUGAUAUCUGUUGUUUUUUUCUUGUAAUGUUAGAUUUUGUAAAAUAAACACGUUGAAAUGGCACCAGUGUUUUGUCAAAGUGUGGUUCCUUUAAUUUCAAACACUCUACAAUUUUGAGGAACAUUAGCUUUGAUUCAAGAGUACAACUUACAAUUCUGUCUGCAUGAUAGUAAAACAGUUUUAGAUGCCUACCUUCUUUUUCCUUUUGAAGAAGGCCAUGCUGUUGCUGCUGCACACUGGAGCUUGUAGUGUUGUUUCCCUUUUCCUGACUCUUGUCACAAAUGCGACCCUCCCACUGAGUGAGCGCCCUCUCCAGUAGCAUGGAAGUAAUUGCAGCUGGCACUGAGAAUUGUUUCUAGAGUAGCUGCAGUUUUUUGGCCCCUCACUUUUUUUAUUUUGAUAGUUAAAUUACACAAAGAAUCUGAAAGAAUUUAAAAUAAAUUGUUUAUUAAAACGGACCAAACAUUCAUAACAAGGCAAUACAAGCAACAUUAAAAAGAGAAUGUUAAAAUUUUCAGAGUUUUGGUGCUGAAAAACAACCUGCAGCACUUAAAGGGUAUAUGCAUAGGAAAUUUGCACAAACAUUCAUCCAGCUUAAGGUUUAAAGAGCAACAAAAUGGUAGAAAAAAUAAACUGGCACAAAAUAUACCUUUAUAAUCAUUUAAGUCAAAACAUUUCUGUAAAAUCCAAGGACUGAUUGCAUCAAACAGCAGUAAGCUAACAGAUCUUUCACUGCUAGGAAAGAGCAACACAGCUGAUAUACAAAUUAUGCUCAAAGCACACAGCAUCACUGGAUUUUAAUUAUAAACCGUCCUCAAACUUGAGACAUCAGACUUCAUAUUCAAUAACUUCAGACAAACUCUGGCUCAUUGUCCCUGUUCCGGGUCAGGGGUAAUUUCUUUCCACACAGACCUGACAGUGGGAGACCUGAAAGGCUCAGAAUGGAGGAGUAUGGGUAAUUGUUGUUGGAUUGGUUAACGUUGAGCUCAGCCAGAGAGUCACACAGGUCCUUCUCUACUCCUGUGUCGUCUGGGGGGCUGCUGUCUGGCAGUGCUGGGGGCUCUGAUCGCUCUGGGUUGUCAUGGUCCUUAUCCAUGUCUUGUUCCAGGUCAGUGAGGGUUGCAGACUGACUCGACAGGUCCAAACUGUCCCUGUAACUCAGCUGAUCGUCCUCCAUGCUGAUCUCACUCUCUUGCUUUAACAGCAUCCUGGACUGUGUGGUCCUCUGGCCACUCUCGUCCAACUCUGAGUCAGAAUCUUGGAUCUGCUCACUAGACCCUAGUGACCCUAAAGAACUUUCUAAAUGCAGAGAAGAGGGGGGUUUUAUAUGGUUAGGAAAAUGAAAUGUAGUUCAGAGAUGAUGAUUCAGUUACUUUGAUUUGUAAAUUAUUAAUUUUGCCUCUUUAAAUGACAAUGAAAGUUAUUAAAAUUUCAAUAAUAGACAACAUCUUUUUUAUAUAUGUUCAUCAGGAAGGUUUGUUUGUUUACAACAGCACUCUGCAACCCUGUCUUUGCAAAAUGUUUUCAGCUACAAGGAGGGACUACAGAGAAACUUACCACAUCCCUCCUCUGUCUUGUCAAAAUCGGUUUUAUUCUGCUCCUCUCUGCUGCCACUCUCCUCCCCAUCAGCAGAUCCCUCACCCUUUUCAUCUCCAGUAUGAUCCUGUACUCACAAGAAAAAAAAAGGUUUUGAGGAAAACAAUAACCAGGAGUUUUGGGCUUCUUAGAGCAAAGACAACUCAUCAAAGAAGGAAGGAGAGCUGUGAGAAAUAAAUGACAGCAGCUGGUCACAACUUCGAAUGAGGAAACAGAUGUGUUAACAUUUUAUUGCUUCUGUUUAUUGAGGUAUAACAGGUUAAAAAAAAAACGGUUGUUUUCUGCAAGACUGUUGUUCCUGAGAGUACGAGAUGUGGACAAUUGUGACUUUUUCUUAUUAGGACCUCCAAAAGAGAGUUUUUCAUGUUCUCUUCAACUUCUUACAAAAACAGGCAGAAGUGUUGGUAUUUAUCAAAAAGGAAACUCAUAGCCAGUAAGACAGUAUAUUGUAAAAAAAAUAUAUUUUGUUUAAGGGUUGACUCGCAGCUGUUGUAGCACUGUAGCAUGCACAUGUAUAUUUCCUGAUGUACAGUAUUAAUCAAGUUCAACAUCUUAGAUUGGUGAAUUAGCCUGGGACGUUUUAUUAACUGAUCCCUCAAACACAGAAGAGCUGUUUUUUUUUCCCAUACAUUUGGUCAUAAACCAGAAACUGGAACUUAAAGGGAGAACUACCCAGUUCAGUUCAGUUCAACUGAACAAUAUGCUGCAAUGGUUGGUUUCCAUAAAAACAGGUAGUCUCUGUCUUUGCUUUCUCAUUUAUUGUUUUUAACUUUGAGAUACAGAACAGAUGGCUCACAACAACCCAAAGAGACUCAGUAGUAUUGUCGUACGGUUUCAGUUUUCCUUCACUGGAAAAGUUUCAGAAAAACUCAGGUUGUAUUUGUUCUUAAAGCACAGAAUUACAGAGUCGAAUAUCUGUCUGCACCACACAAGGACACCUACCUGCUGAGUAGAGGAAGAGGCAGAUCGGCUGCUUUUGUGGGACUGCGAGGUUUUGGAAUUAAAGAUGUUGGCGUAGAAGACAAUCAUGGCCUCCACAAUGCGAGCUUGGUGGGGGUAAUCCACCAGAGAGGAGAGGGAUAUCGUGGCCCCAGUCGGACGUGGACGCAUCAAGGAGGGACCAAAGACAAUACCCAAGUUACUAGGGCUCAUCUUGUUAUCGUCCUCCAGCUCUGCAAUCCUAGAGAAAGAAUUUCAUGAGAUGUUAUUGAACACAUGGAUGAAUCUUGAGAAUUGAGCAGACAUACGUCUUUUGUAAAAAAUUUUUACUCCUGACCUCCUUAGGUGGCGGAUAAUGUAGCGCAGGGUAGAAAUAUUCGCUUUGGGAAGCUCUUUCAGAAGCUCCUUUAGCUUGUCCACCAGGACCAGGACCUCUGGAUCGGUGUCAGGACCAAGAUCCACUAGCUCUGGUCCUUUGCCCACUCCUGGAAUAUUACUGCUCGAUUCUGCCUCCUCUCCUGCCGUUGUGUCUCCUUCACCCUGCAGACUCUCCUUGGCCAAACCCAUCAGACAGUUGUACAGGCGGAACAGCAUGAUCGGCUCUGGAAGCUGGGAGCACAAGAACUUAUAUUACAUUUCUUUCUCUUAUUAAAAAGGACUGAUCCGUAGACUUCUUCGUUUUUAUCUUGCACUUGUAUUCAACCUCUGCACGAUGCUGGCUUGUCUGUGUACCUGUCUGAGGUAAAGCUUGAGCACAUUGCUGAUGUCAUGUGGCGAACACUGUGACAGCUCCACCAGCUCCUUGCCGUUUUCAAAGGCCUGGCACAACUUCUCCACACGAGUCUUCACCCCGUUUACCCUGUAGAUGCCCUGCGAGGAGGAAUGUGACAAUUUGAAACGCCGCGGUGGACCUGUAGACAACAUGUCAGACAUUUAAGCUCUCUCACUUCAGCGGAUUUUAUAAAACGUACAUUCUCACCUUCAUCUUGAGUGCUCGUCUUUCUAUCUCGGAGAUACACUUGGUGAUGAUGAAGGGAACUCCGUCACUGGCGCAGCUGGCGACCUGAGAAAAGUCCCUGCCGAACAGCUGC